AGACGCUAUACCAGCUCUCUCACUCCCUGUGGGAAUUACGAUCCUGCAAACGAGUAUCGUACCGUGUCUCCGUGUAUGUGACGUUCCUCUGUAUUAACGCCGGCUAGUUUACGCUCUCUGCCUACAUAACCAAACAUUUGUCAGACAGAAAAGAGCCCGCCAAAUUAAGCUCCAUGCGCUUGUCUCCCAUCUCAGUUGCUCGCUCAACCGUCAACGCGAGUCUUCGCUCCGUCAGCAUCGCUCUUUUGACAGCUUACAUGCUUCGAGCUAAACACGAACACGCUGCCUUCCAAGCUUGAUGUAACGACCAACGGGUGAUUUUCUUCGUCCAACGUGCACGAGUGAUUGUGAUCUUUAACAAUAAUCUUCCCGUAACCGGUGAGUGGAUUGCUGUGAUUUUCGAGCGGGGACUACUCGAGAAAAGAAUAUAUGUUUCAAUGAAUCUCUAGUGUAACCUCCAAGGUGAACGACUUCUCAGGUCGUUAUGGUUAUUAGUCUGCCAGGAAUUCGUCGAAAGUAUCCAUCGUAAAAAGUGCAAGUAUUUUCGUACUCGAGUCAUUUCGGACCAGUCGAAAGUGAUGCUCCGCUGUGGCAGGAUUCUCAGUGAUUCUGACUCCGAGUGAUGAUUAGUUAGACACGUGGCUGUUUGAGCGGGCACGCUUCGCCGACGGACAGGCCGUCCGGGAAUUCGUGAGUGACUGGGACUCGCUUCAUUGCGAGUUGAAACCGAUCCAACUGCCGUACAGAAGUGCUCACACAUGAACAAGGGAUUAUUCUGUCUGGAGUUUGAUGAAGUUUUCAUCAGUGUUCUCCCAUCGUGCUCCCUUGGCGUCAACAACAUUCGUUAGAACCUGAAAACUAUGAUCGUUUGCUAACAUCCAAUCGUGCCGUUCCCCCGAACUCUAAAAACGCCCCACCAACUUUCCUCGAUCCUCCAGGAGCCAAUUAUCAUUGGCCCCAACACACUCGACCCAUCGCGCCAAGAAAAAGGAACGAAUAGUGGAUCGAACGAGAGUUAAAACGGAGUUGACGGCGCGCGUGAAUCUUCAGGACGAGAUAAAGAGUGACGGUGGAGUUUACGGAGGUGGUGGUGCAACGUUCGGGUACGCCAGUCGCCAGGCCGGCUCUGGGGUGCCGGGCCCGGGGGGUGUGAUGAGCUGCUCCGAGGUGAUGUAUCAAUAUUAUCCUUACCUCUAUCAGAGGCCACCACCGCCCCCUCAUCCGACGCAUCCUCAUGCCGCCGCGCACACACAUCCUCAUGCGAAUCCUCACGCGGCCCAUCACAGUCCCGCGAGGCCGGCGCCUUUUCAACCCUUUUCGGCGGCGGCAGCGGCGACGCAUCAAUACGAUAGGCUCAAUGUUCACCAAAGAUCCUUGGAAGCUGCGGGUCUGGAGUUGUGUGCAGCAAGCGGAAGUGUACCUCAAGGCCAGCCGAGCAGUGCGGGAUCGGUCGGAUCGGCGCCGAGUCCGGCGUCACCGAGACCAACGCCGCCUCAACCAAGACCUCCUCUCGCGACCGCAACAACCACGUCGCAACCCUCGAGAACGUUGGACGACGACAGAUCGACGGAUGGUGAGAGAAUUGCCUCGUGUAUUCAUGCGGUAGGACCUGCUGGGACAGCGGCUGAGGAUUCCGAGGACGGUGAGAGCAGAGCUCAGUACAUAAACGCCAACUGCGUUGUAUUUACGCAUUAUCGAGGGGACGCAGCUUCCGAAGUUGAAGAGCACUUUCAGAGAGCAUUAGCACAUGACAAGCUCAAAGAAAAUAUAUCGCCCAUGUCCAUGAGAAACUUCCCACCGUCCUUCUGGAACAGCCAGCAUCCAGGUGACGUCUACGAGUAUCCCACGGAUCCUUGGCAUCCCCAUUACCCACAGUAUCAUCACAGAGCUGUUCACGAGUACCAUCAUCACAACAUGGCGGCAGCGGGUUACGGAGGUCUUUUGCUCGGCGGUGCAAGAGGUCUGGGUCAUCACACGUCACACCACGCAGCCCAUCACGCUCAUGCGGCGGCUGCUUCCUACAAAGAUUGGACGUCGGCGACACCCUCGCAAUCCCUCGUGGAUGCUUCCACGGCGCCCCCAUACCCCCACGGUCCGUACGCACCCCUUUCCGGCUUGGAUCCUCAACAGGUUCAAGAUUCCAAGGAUCUGUACUGGUUCUAGGAUCAAGAUUACCGGCGUUCACGCCAUGUACGAAGACUUUGUUAAAUAUAUCGUUAAACCGAUAUUUAUAUAUAUAUAUAUAUUAUAUGUAUGCUCGACAAAAGGCGUGGGUGAUAGACAUUUUAUUUUAUCGCGAAUGAAAAAUCUAUCAAAUUGCUGGAUUUUUUAUAUCGAUAGGACAAGGUGAGAUACGCGGAGGAGGGAGAGCAGUACUGUAAAUAGUGUUACCUAAAUAUUUUAAGGAACUUUACUAUUAGAUUUAAAUGACUAAAUAAAAUUGAAGUAUUGAAAUAUGUACAUUGAUGUGUGUGUGUGUGUGUGUGUGUGUGUGUGUGUGUGUGUGUGUGUGUGUGUGUGUGUGUGUGUGUGGCUGUGUCUGUAAAAUUUGGGAAACACGUGGUCCGUUGAAAAAAUUCAAUCAAAUUGAAUAGAAUAAUUCGAAGGAUCCAUUUUGACGAUUUUUCAAUUUGCUUCAAACGACAAAAUCGUAAGAACUGUGAAAAGCUCUCAAUUAUUUAAUAACUCCGAAUUCGAAAUAGAAGGAUUUAUAUUCAAUGCCAAUGAUUUUGAAGUCGAGUUUCUUUGGAAGGAUCGCCGUCGUCGUUAACGCGCGUCUCCCAAACAGCACGGAUAUGUAUUUGCAUAUGCGCACCGAGCGAAUGAUAAACAUCAACGAAUAAUUACGCUCGUUUUAUCGCAGCUCGUAAUAUUCUGUCGGCGCAAUGAGAAUCGAUGUAAACAGUGCGUGAGAAAAAAGUGGAAAACUACAAAUAUAUACUCACUAGUUUGUGAACGAAAAUCAUGGAAUUCGUGCCACUAUAAAAACGCGAUAAAUAUUCGUUUUAAGUUUUCUUCGUGUGCUUGUAUAUCUGUAUAUAAAUACACACAUUCACGUACAUAUGGCAGGUAGAUAUUUCCCAAAUGCGUGCGUGCACACUAUCUACCUACAAAUAUAGUGACUGCCGCCGGCCUUCGACGCUGAUAAAGAGAUCUCUAGUUCAUCACACGUUUAGCGUGUUUUAGUCUAUUAUUAGUUAUGCAUUCUGUAUAGAUUCUCGAACGCCUAUUCUGGCAUUCGCCCAGCGAUUUAUCACUGUAAAUUCAAUUUAUCACGCGUAUACACGAUUAUAUGAGGCGUGUGAAAAAAAAGGAGACGAUCCGACGACUAUUGACCGGUAUUGACACCCGAAAUAAGUAUUUAUUGACCAAUGACCUUGCCAUAUUGUAAUCUCUACAUACUAUUGUAACAUAAAUAUCGAGCUACGUGAUUAAAAGAAAGA